AUGUCGUUCCAGCUACAGAAUUCUGAAGUAUUGGCUAGACUCAAACCAUUUGGGAUUCUGUUUGAAAAAUCUUUAAAUGAUUUAAUCAAAGGAAUCAGAGCUCAUUCAAAAGAAUCAUCAGAUAGUUUAGCUUCAUUCUUAGAUGUUGCAAUUCAAGAAUGUAAGAAUGAAUUAUCAACUACCGAUUUAGAAACCAAAGCAAUGGCAAUAUUGAAAUUGGCAUAUUUGGAAAUGUAUGGAUUUGAUAUGUCUUGGUGUAAUUUUCAAAUCUUGGAAGUUAUGGCAUCAAAUAAAUUUCAACAAAAGAGAAUUGGAUAUUUGGCUGCUAUUCAAUCGUUUAAGAAUGAACAGGAUUUGUUGUUGUUGGCUACGAAUCAAUUUAAAAAGGAUCUUAAUUCUCACAAUCAUGUAGAAAUUGGACUUGCAUUGAGUGGAAUUGCUACAAUUGUUACUCCAAAUCUUGCAAAAGAUAUUAAUGAUGAUGUUUUAAUGAAAUUGAGUCAUUCAAAACCAUAUAUUAGAAAGAAAGCCAUUCUUGCAAUGUAUAAAAUAUUCUUACAAUAUCCAGAAAGUUUAAGAUUAAAUUUUGAUCGAGUAAUUGAGAAGUUGGAUGAUCCUGAUAUUGCUGUUGUCAGUGCUACUGUUAAUGUUAUUUGUGAAAUAUCGAAAAAGAAUCCAAAUAUCUUUAUAAGUUAUUUACCCAAAUUCUUCAAUAUCUUGGAAGAAACUCGAAAUAAUUGGCUUAUUAUUAGAAUUCUUAAACUUUUCCAAAGUUUAUCCAAGGUAGAACCAAGGAUGAAAAAGAAGAUCUUGCCAACAAUUAUGGAAUUAAUGUUAAGGACUCAAGCAUCAUCAUUGAUUUAUGAAUGUAUCAAUUGUAUCGUCAAUGGGCAAAUGUUAAACAAUGAGUCUUCAAAAGAUGAAGGUACUGCCAAAGUCUGUAUUAACCAAUUAAUGAACUUUUUCAAAACAAAAGACUCAAAUUUAAAGUUUGUUGGUUUAUUAGCAUUGAUUAAUAUAUUGAAAAUCUUCCCUGUUUUCAUGCACAAGGAAGAAGGUGUGUCAGCGGUAAUAAUGGAUUGUUUGACCGAUAGCGAUAUGAUCAUCAAGAGAAAAGCAUUAGAAAUUUGUCAUUAUUUAGUCACAGAAGAUAAUAUUACCGAAUUGGUGAAAUUAUUAUUAUUGCAAUUAGUCCCAAGUGAAACCAAUGUAGUUUCAGAAGUAUUAAAACAAGAAAUUUCAUUAAAGAUUCUUACGAUUGCAACUCAAGACAAUUAUACCAAUAUUCCAAAUUUUAGAUGGUAUGUUGCCGUCUUAAAGGAUGUUAUCAAUUUGACAUUAUUACCAUUACCUUCUUCUGCUAAUGAAGUUACUGUUUCACCUGAAGUUGCAACCACGAUUGCUAAUGAAUUAGGUAAUGAAUUUAAGAAUUUGGCAACUAAAGUACCUUCAGUGCGUCCAAUUUUACUUACGAAGGUUGUUUUCCCCUUGGUUCAAGAUUCAAGGAUUAUUGAUAUUUGUCCGAUACUUCUUCGGGAUUUUUAUUGGAUUAUGGGUGAAUACAUUGAUGAAUUGAAGAAUGGUGAAUCUGAUGAUGAUGAUGAUGAUGAUGAAGCAGGCUCUGGACAACAAGCAGAUGGGGUGGCCAGUAUUAGUACCAAGAUCGAAAUUUUCAACUCUCUUGUUAAUUUCAAAAUAGAUAAGGCAUUGGGAUUAACCACAAGUUUGCAUUUCCCAAUCUCGGCAAAAUUGGUAUCAUUGGGACAUCCUGAAGUUUUGGCAGUUUUGAUACAAGCAUUAAUCAAAUUAUUCAGUUCGAUAGUUUCUGAUUUUGUCAAAAAUUAUACGAUCCAAAAUGAUCUUCCGAUUGAGAAAUAUGAUCAAUUAUGUUAUUAUUUAUAUAAAUUGAUUGGGUUUUUGGGUGUUUGGGAAACUCAUCCUAAUUAUGAAGUUCAAGAACGGGCAUUGUCAUGGUUGGAAUUUUUGAGAUUGACCUUGGAAGCUAUGACUGGUAAUGACUUGACGGUAAUUAAACGUCUCGAAGCUGAGGAUUUGGAGUAUUAUAGGGGGUUGAAGGAGAAAAAUGAACCAAAGGUGGAUGAAUCUAGUGAAGAUGAGUCGGAAGAAGAUAGCGAAGUUGAUGAAAGUGAGGAAGAAAGUGCGGAGGAAUAUGAUAAUUUGGAAUCGUCGGAUGAUGAAGAAGUAGUUCAAGCACCUCAUAUCGUUCCUAUGCCUGAAUUUGAAUCUAAUCCAUUUGCAGCCGAAGAUGUUCCAAUUGAAGACACUGUGGCUGAAGGAUCCGAGCCUGUUUUCGAUAAUGAUACGGGGGCCACUUCCAAGAGAUUGCCUGUAUUGCUAACUCAUAUUUUACCUUCAUUUUUCAAAUCAUAUCAAUUAAAUCCAGUCGCGAGGAAUGCACAACGAAACAUUCCCAUUCCUGAUGAUUUGGAUCUAGAUACCGAAAUCAACCCUCCACCAUUCCAAUUAGAUAAUGAUGACGAUGUGACUACUAAUGAUACUUAUGAGUUAUUCCUAUCCGAUGUAGAAGAAGACGCAUAUCAAGAACCAUUGAUUCAGUUGACUAGUGAAGAUGUUUCCGAAAGGAAGAAGGAAAGAUUGGAACGACUCAAAGAUGAUCCAUAUUAUUUGGGUUCGGAUAAUACUGACGAGAAAAGGAAGAAGAAAUCUAAGGAACUGACUAAUACUCCUGAAUCACAAACGGAAAUAACUUCGAUAAGUACGGAUGAUGUAAAGAGUAGUGGGAAGAAGAAGGCAAAGAAACCGGCUAAAUUGAAGAAAGAAAAAGUAUUGAUCUUGAAUGAAGAGACUGUUGGAACUUCUGCCCCAGGUAGUGAUUUAAUUGAUUUGGAGGGUCCAAAGGAAAGAACGAGAUCAAUGAAGAAGAAGAAGAAUGUUAUUAAGAUUGAUUCUUCAAAUUUAGAUAAUUUCGACUUAACUUCAUCUGAAGUUGCUGAAUUGAAUAGCAAGAACGAUCAUGAGUAUGAGAUUGAUUUGGAUGCUCUUCGUCAACUGUUGGCUAAGUCUUCUAUUGACGAAAAGGACGAGAAGAAGAAGAAGAAGAAGAAAUCUACCACGAAGAAAUCCAAGUCAAAGAAGGAAGUGACUGAGUCUGCAAAAGCAAGUGAAGGUGAAAAUCAGCAUGGAAGUGAACAACAAGUAAGUGAACAGUCACCUACUCCAAUCAUUACGGUAAAACCAAAGAAAAAGACAAAGAAAAGCAAAGCGAUUAUUUUGGACUGA